UCACAUGAAUGUAAGUCUUCUCUCUUUAAAACAAUAAUAUCAUGUAAUAUUGUUGAUAACAAGGAAUCUUGGACUCAAUAUAGAGUUUUCAAGACACAUGAUCGUCAUGGUUCUCUUCCAAAGGAGAUUGUUAGUCAUCCUUUUCUCCAAGAGCUAUAAGUAAAUCACAAAUACAAAUAUAAUUAGAUACCAUUCCAAACUAAUUCAAAAUAUUACUCCUAAUUUGCAAUAAUCAAGCCAGAAACUUCUUAUAUAGAUCAAUACUGGCAGAACUGGAAGUCUUACUUCUUUCCAAAUGUAAGCAAACAAGUCAUUAUUAAAAAAAUCAGUAAAAAAAGGUAAAACAUCUAAUUAUAUAAAGGAGUGUUUUACUCCCUCCUCAUUGUGACACAUAGGAUUCCUGCUAGGAAAGUCACUUCGUAUCAUUGUGCCACGUGUGCCAGUAUUACGAAACUCAUCGUUUCAUUUAUUCGAAGUUUCUUAUUGGGCUCAGUUGUUGAGUUUGAAUUGUUUGGGCCUGUAUGUAUUGAUAAGAAAUAGUCGUCCUCGCCGUCGACAUACUCUGUCUGAGUCCAAGCGUAGAACAUGAUAGAAGCGGCUUAAUCCAAGUGCUGUCUAACUCUCUUAUAUUAUUUGACGAUCUGAAGGCUGUUUGUCGAGUACCGGUUGAGAUACUCAUGAAGUAUUCGCCUCCGUUUGAGAUUGGACCGCACUUGAGAUCGAUUUUGGUUGGGUAAAGACGGGAACGGGAGAUUGAACGGAAGAAAGCGGCGUUGAGAACGUCGGGGACGGUGUCGAGCGGGUUGUAGGGUUGUAGAGUGGAGGAUGGAGAGAGUCAUGGUGGAUCAGCUGGAGUGUUGGGUUUGGCAAGCGAUCUUGAAACAUAUUGUGCCAGGGCACUUGGAAGAUUCAUCCAUUGCUAACAAGAGUCUACCGAGAAAAGACUCUAUGGAAAGGCUUGACUUUGUGAGGACUUUGUUGACUGAUAUAGGAAUAUGUCUUCUCCUUUUGCUUGAAUGUCGUGAUAUUCCAAUUCUAGGCGUUUGCCUUGGCCAUCAGGCACUGGGUUAUAUCUAUGGAGAUUAUGUGGUGCAUGCCCCGGAACCAGUCCAUGGACGAUUAAGUUAUCAGUUGCACAACAUAUGAGAGAAAAGGAUAUUUUUGGGAAGAAGAACUUGAAGAGCCGCUUUUGUUUUAUUGCCAAUCAAGUUCUCAAUAUGUUAUUAGGAGUUAUAUUUUUUUUCCUUCCAGCUUUUAGUUUGAUACAUGGCUUCUUAGAUUCUGUUUGUUGUAUAAUCUCUAUGAGUUUGUCGCUUACAUGGCUUAGACAGUAGUCGAAAAAUGAAAGAGCAAUUAUAUUGUAGGCCACUACAGCAAAUAGUUAACGUUAUAUACAUAAUUUAUGAGAGAUAUAUUUUGCUUAAUGGUUAUAAUUGACCAUACUUGAGUAAGAAAAAGAAAAUC